AUGGCGGCUGCCUCGCCGGCAGAAACCGCCCUGGUGAUCCUGUACUACUUGUAUCCAGCUCUGGUUUUUACCUACUUUUUCUCCGCCUCCCUUGUCUUGGCUUGUACAGCCCAAUCUUCUCAAAAGGAUGAACACAAGAGAAAACGCCCAAAUGGCACAUUCGUACUCAUUCUUUACCUUCUGUGUAUUCUAACAUACGCCGCUCAACUUUUGCUACUUGGUAUACAGGCUGCCCUUGUUCGAGAAUGGCCAACUGAAGACCACAUCAUCAUUGGGCAUUUGGCAUGCAUACUGGCGUUCGGGAUUCAACUCACCCGUUGCCUUGACGCUGAACUCGGACCCUUUUAUCCUUUUAUCGGUUCAUGGGCGCUCGGUUUGUCUUUUGAUGUUCUCAUCACGUCAUUGUCUGCAACAAUGGGGUUGCUCUCCCCGUUCAGCGUCUUCAGCAUCCUGAACAUCGUUAGUAUCACCGUUCGAUGUUUUUGUUUCGUGUCUCUUGCAGGCCUGUUCACUCUUGGUGCACCAUCUCGGGCGGAAUCAGACGAAGAACGGGAACCAUUGUUACCCAAGGCUACAACCACCUCGCCCAGUACCCCAAUUAGUCAGGAGUCCGGGUAUGGUUCAACGCUUCAGGCUGAGGAAGAAGAAGACGAGGCCCCAGAAUAUAGCUGGGAACGUCGCGAGAGAGAGGCCAAAGAGGCCAUGAAAAAGAGGCUUGAGGAAGGUGGUAACUGGUUUGAGUAUGCGAAAGGUUUCAAGAUUCUCUUCCCAUAUGUGUGGCCUGUUGGUAACGUCGGCCUACAGCUUCGUGCAGCAGCCGUAUGCCUGUGCCUGUUCGCAUCGAACGCUCUCCACCUUCUGAUUCCCCGUCAGACCGGCAUCAUCAUGGACAGUUUGAAUGGAUCUGGUAGCAGUAACCCUUGGAUCGCAGUCAUCAUAUUCGCCGCACUUCGCUUGGCUGCUUCUGAAUCCGGUAUCGAGCUUAUCCGCCAGUGGCUAUGGGUCCCUGUUAAAUACUACUCCCAUGACGCAUUAACACGAGCAGCCUACUCCCACAUGAUGCACCUCUCAGCAGAUUUCCAUGAUUCGAAGAGUUCGUCGGACAUGAUGAUGGCUAUCUACGGAGGCAGUGCGGUAUCCAAUGUCGUCGAGAAUGUUUUGCUUUAUGCUGUUCCUAUGCUUAUCGAUAUGGGUGUAGCCAUUGUCUAUCUCUCCAUCACCUUCGGUCCAUACGAAGGCCUUAUUACAGUGGCCACUGGUGUCUUCUUUCUUCUUAUCGCCAGUAGACUCGUGGCCAACUCCAAGGCGGCUAGCCGAAACCGGGUCAAUGCACUAUACGAGGAACACUAUGUGCGCCAGUCCGGCUUUCUCGGGUGGCAGACUGUCAGUGCGUUCAACCAGAUUGGUUAUGAAGACAACCGACAUGCCAAUGCAGUCACCAAUCGUUGGCUUAGAGAACAGCAAUAUGUGCUGGGGUGGUAUGUGUCUAUUGGCUUUCAGACUCUGGUCCUCACAUCUGGUCUUCUUGCCAGUGCGUUUCUCGCUGUUUAUCGUAUCAAAGCCGGCCAUGCAACUCCUGGACAGUUCGCGAUGCUCUUGAUGUAUUGGGCACAAUUGACAUCACCGCUUCAAUUUUUCGCAAAGCUGGGUAAAAAUGUAAGUGACGACUUCAUCGAUGCCGAACGCCUUUUGGACAUUAUGAGAACCCAGCCUUCGGUCGAAAACCAGAAGGGAGCCAGGCCGUUGAAGUUCGUUGCUGGCGAGGUGGAUUUUGAACAAGUUUCUUUCAGUUAUGAUAAAAAGAAGGGCAUUAUCAAAGAUGUCAGCUUCCAUGUCCCUGCCGGACAAACGGUUGCUUUCGUUGGGGCUACAGGAGCAGGAAAAUCAACCCUUAUCAAACUGCUAGAUCGAUUCUACGACGUGGGUGAGGGCCGUAUCUGUAUCGAUGGUCAGGACAUCAGAGACGUUGACCUUUUCAGUCUUCGGGAUCGCAUUGGGGUUGUUCCUCAAAGCCCAAUUCUAUUCGACGAUACAAUCAUGAAUAACGUACGAUAUGGGAGAAUUACAGCAACCGACGAGGAAGUAUACGAUGCAUGCAAAGCCGCGUGUAUCCAUGAUAAGAUCAAAGGUUUCACUCAUGGGUAUAAGACGCGUGUCGGAGAGCGUGGCGUGAAAUUAUCUGGUGGCGAACUUCAGCGUAUUGCCAUAGCCAGGGCAAUGCUCAAGAAGCCGGAUAUCGUUCUUCUCGACGAAGCUACCAGCGCGGUAGACACGGACACCGAGCAACAAAUCCAGGUCUCUUUCAAAAGAUUAUGCGAAGGUCGGACUACUUUCAUCGUCGCUCACCGUCUUUCUACAAUUAUGAAUGCAGACCGAAUUAUUGUGGUCGAGAAUGGCGAAAUCCUCGAGCAAGGCAAUCAUGAUGAACUUAUCGUUGCUGGAGGAAGAUAUGCGGAUCUUUGGUCGAAGCAAGUUUUUGUGCGAUCCAAGGACGAAGACAAGAAUACCUCAUCUGGCCAGGCUGGAUUUGUUAAUGACCUAUCCUCGGAGCAGACCAAGGCUGAAUUGUCAAAGGUUAAGAAGCCGGCCACGGAAGCCAGCGAACAAGGGAAAUUGCCCAAGGCACAAGGCAGUGAAGAACAAGUCACCGGUACCCCAACGCAAAAGCAAGAGGGAAACCGAUUGAAUCCUGUCGCCGCUACGUUUACCCCCAGAACGCUGGCCAAGGCUAGGCAACUAACGGUGACUGAGACCUCCGAAGCAUCGACCAUAUCUACUACAGGAAAUGAGGCGAUGAAUGCAAGUUCGCAAACUAGCCGACAGUGGUCCGAUGAGGUCGCCGAGCAGGAGGAACAGGCCAAGAAGCAGUCGGCCAUUGCUAGCCGACCCUAG